CUGUUUCCCCACCAAGUCCAAGUAUAUGUUUUUUUCCCACCAUCACUCCACGCCUUUAUACCUUUACUAAUCCCCUCCCUAACUGUGAAACAACAAUAUUCCUCCACUAAAUCCAAAAAAAAAGGGCGAACCGAGAUGGCGCUGAGCAACAAUGUGAUCGGCGCCAUAAACUUCGUGGCGAUGCUGCUGUCGAUCCCGAUCAUCGGCGCCGGGAUCUGGUUGGCGAUGGAGCCGGACAACUCCUGCGUCAAGCUCCUCCAGUGGCCGCUCAUCAUUUUGGGGAUCCUCGUUCUCGUCGUCGCCUUGGCCGGCUUCGUGGGCGCCUUCUGGAGGAUCCCGGCGCUGCUCAUCUUCUACCUCGUCGCCAUGCUCAUCCUCAUCGUCCUCCUCGCGUCGCUGGUGGUGUUCGUAUUCCUGGUCACCGACAAGGGCUCCGGCCACCCUGCCCCCAGCCGGGCGUACUCCGAGUACCAUCUCGACGACUUCUCCGGCUUCCUCCGGCGGAGGGUUCGCAGCCCCUUCAAGUGGGACGGGAUUAGAGGGUGCCUGAGUUCGACUAAUAUGUGCGCCGAGCUUAAUCAGAGCUACCGCAUGGCUCAAGAUUUCUUCAAUGCCCGCAUUACUCCCUUGCAGCAGUCCGGGUGCUGCAAGCCGCCGACGGGGUGCGGGUAUACGUUUGUGAACCCGACGUAUUGGAUAAGUCCGAUAAACAACGCGGCGGACAUGGAUUGCCUUCAGUGGAACAACGAGCAGACGCAGCUCUGCUACAACUGCGAUUCCUGCAAGGCCGGCCUGCUAGCCAAUCUCAAGUCCGAGUGGAGGAAAGCCGACGUCAUCUUGCUCAUCACUCUCAUUGCCUUGAUCUGCGUCUACGUUGUGGGCUGUUGUGCCUUUAGGAACGCCAAGACCGAAGAUCUCUUCCGCAAAUACAAGCAAGGAUAUACUUGAAUCCUCGCCGUGAUCUGUUAAUUAUAUAAUGCUUUUUAUUUGUGCUCUGUCUUCCGGCUAUGGUUAAUAGUUUGAUUAAUGCUGAAUUACUGAUGAUGAUGAAAACCAUUUUUAAUUAGUGGAGCGGGGAUUUUUUCCCCCCUUUACUACUCUGGUUUUGGUUUGUUUUUUUCUCGAAUCUCGAGCAAUGUGAAAUCAGAGACCGAGGAGGUCGCCGAAAGUUCUCGCUUUCCCGACAAACAUAGCAUCAAAUUUGAACUUUGCUUCAGGGGUAGUAGGGUACGUACACUUUUCUUGUUCCCUUUCAUGGAAGAGGAAAUGAUAAAGGUUAGGAAAACCUGUAGCAGAAUGGAAGAAAGUGGACAGAACGUG